GAUGCGCGUUGCAUUGUGGGGAUACAAAUACAGCGCAGAAAGGACAGCGGGGAGCACAAAGGAAUGAAAACAGCACCUGGAGAACUUUUAACUUCAGCCUGUUGUGAUGUGAAUUCAUGUGAGCGUUAAUUAAAGUGUGAGUUUAGGCGGCUGGCAGGCUGACAACUGCCUGAGAAGCGCAGGGAAUGUGAGUGGUCGGAGGGACGCGGCAGGGCGCACCGCUGUCUGAGCUGUUCGCAUCCCGAGGCCCAGCCGUUAUCGCGGGCCUCUUCCCAGAAGGAGGCAUUUCCUGUACACAGUCAGAAACUGACUCCAACAUGGGGGUCAAAACCUUCACCCACAGCUCGACCUCCCACAGCCAGGAGAUGCUGGAGAAGCUCAACGCUUUACGCAACGAGGGUCACUUAUGUGAUGUCACCAUCCGGGUCCAAGACAAGCUCUUCCUGGCCCACAAAGUGGUCCUGGCCUGCUGCAGUGAAUUCUUCCGCUCCAAACUGGUGGGCCGGUCUGAGGAGGAGGACAAGUUUGUGUUGGACCUUCAUCAUGUGACCGUCAGUGGCUUCGCUCCUCUGUUGGAAUAUGCCUACACGUCUACCCUAUCCAUUAGCACGGAGAAUAUCAUCGACGUUCUGGCAGCUGCAAGUUACAUGCAGAUGUUUGCUGUGGCCAGCACAUGUUCGGAGUUCAUGAAGUCCAGUAUUCUGUGGAGCCCAGGUAACAGCAACAACAACAACAACUUGACGGGAGAUAAACCGCACGAAUCAGCACCAGAGAGCGCCUCAUCAAACUGUGCCCUGACACCAUUGGACGGCAGCGUGUCACCUGUGUCGUCUGACUGCAGCGUGAUGGAGAGAAAUGUUCCUAUAUGCCGCGAAUCGCGACGAAAACGUAAAAGCUUUGUGACAAUGGCAUCACCCGAGAGUCCGCUCAAAUGCACUACACAGAUGGUCACCACCUCCCCUCAGAUCCCCAACCCAUCCCCUUCAUUCUCAGACAGCACAGCCCAACCUGUGGAGUCUUCCCUGGCCUUCCCAUGGACUUUCCCAUUCGGUAUCGACCGGAGGUUCCAUUCAGACAAAUCAAAGCUCCCGGAGAGCCCUCGUUGUUUAGAGCAGGGCACCCCAGGGACCUCAGAGGUUGUAGUUGGCCGGCGGCUCAGUGACUUCCUAACGUGUGAGAGCUCCAAGGCAGUCUCGUCACCAGUGCCGGCAGAGGAGGAAGAUGUGAGAGUGAAGGUGGAGCGUCUCAGUGACGAGGAGGUCCAAGAAGCAUCCUCGCAGCCAGUCAGUGCCUCCCAGAGCUCGCUGAGUGACCAACAGACGGUGCCAGGGAGUGAGCAGGUCCAGGAGGAGCUCCUCAUCAGUCCACAGUCCUCUUCUAUAGGGUCUAUGGAUGAGGGAGUGUCUGAGGGUUUGCCGUCAAUGCAGAGCACCUCUAACACUGGAGGACAUGCAGAAGAUGAUGAAAGAUUAGAAGGUAUUCAGUACCCAUACCACCUCUAUAUCAGCCCCUCAGCCAGGCCUGGCACCAAUGGCCCCGACAGGCCCUUCCAAUGUCCAACCUGCGGAGUCAGAUUCACGCGCAUUCAAAACCUGAAGCAGCAUAUGCUCAUACACUCCGGCAUUAAGCCUUUCCAGUGUGACCGCUGUGGGAAAAAGUUCACACGGGCCUACUCCCUAAAGAUGCAUCGGCUGAAGCACGAAGGUAAACGCUGUUUCCGGUGCCAGAUUUGUAGCGCCACAUUCACGUCCUUCGGUGAAUAUAAGCACCACAUGAGGGUCUCCCGACACAUAAUCCGCAAGCCGCGGAUUUACGAGUGCAAAACGUGCGGGGCCAUGUUCACCAACUCUGGCAAUUUAAUUGUACACCUGAGGAGUCUGAACCAUGAGGCAUCCGAACUAGCAAACUACUUCCAGAGCAGUGAUUUCCUCGUGCCCGACUACCUGAGCCAGGUACAGGAGGAGGAGGAGGCGCUGGGAGUCCAGUAUGAGCUAGAGGAGUCCCAACAUCACCCUGUCUACCCGGGCAGCACCUCCACCUCUACCACCACUGCGGCCUCGUCCUCCUCCUCAGUCCAGAUGCCCGUCAUCUCCCAGGUCUCCUCCUCUACCCAGAAUUGCGAGAAUUCCUCCGGCUUCCUUUCACCCGAGCCCCUGGAUCCCCUGGAAGCCCCAGCCUCCCUCAAGAUGGACGCCGAUGAGACGGCAGUCAUGACGGAGGAGACCAAGAUGGACAACAGUGUAGGAGGCAGUUCCCCAGAGGUGCUUGAAGAGGAGCAGCAGCAGCAGCAUGCCCAGGCCAAGGAGCUGGCUUCCAUUACCAUAGAGUGAUUCAAGCCCUCUACUUGGCCAUCAUGUCUUAUUUUGCAGUCAUGUCAUAUGGGAAUAUCUGUUGAGACGCCGCAGAGGCUAAAAGGGACAACUUGGACACGGGCACAUGUUGAAACCUCAUCAUGUGAAGCCGUCAAGAUGCCGUGAUUGAAGUUUUCUGAAGACUUCAGUUGCCUUGAUGAUGUUUUUCCACUCUCAACGCAGAUGCACUUAUUUGAGUUCAUGUUUUACACCAAACCAAAUCCAGCAAAGUAAAUGAUACUUAUUUUGUUUUUCUUUGCAGUGAUAAUUGAAUUUUCCUAAACUGAAGCAAUUUCCUUGAUCAGAUCAUAAAAUCUGGAUUCAGUCCACCGCCACUCCUGAAUUUCAAAGUAGUAUUUAUUAAAUGAACAGUAUUUUUAAAGAGUAUUUUUUAGGAAGGUUGGUUUUUCCCAUAUGACGUGAAUGCAGCACAAGCUAAAGUCCUUUCUGUCUUAGCCAAUUUGAGGUCUGUUCAGUACAAGCCUUGCCCUACUUUUGGAAAGUGCCUGAGAGUUCCCAUUUUAACAAAGCAACGUGUAGAGCAAGAAGAGAUCUUGACUUUGCCAGCAGUGACAAAUCAAGUCUUUGCAAACUGAGCUAAAGAAAAAAAAACAUUGUAUUUCAUUUGUAGUGAUAAUGCUAGUUUGUAUGGGCUGAGACUGUGUUAUUCCUUCAGUGCCGUCGCUAUAGGCAAACUGUUAAAUGUCAAUAUCUAUAUUGCAAUAGCUUGUACUGUAGUUUUACUAUUUGAAUGCUGUGUAUGUUGGUUGUUGUGAAAUAUGAUAUGUCAGGUGUGUGUAUGUGCAUUUCUUUUUAUCUAUAUGAACACAGUACAUUUCAUUUUACAUGUUUAAAACUUGAAAUUAUAUUGACAGAGUAUUCCCUUAAGACGUUUGUGCAGUAUGUAAUAUUUUUGACCGGUUACAAGUUAUUUGUAUCUUUAUUUUGAAAGAACACUGUUGUUAAAUCUAACCUCGCAUCUCCAAAAAACUAAACUCUUGGAGUUUAGGAAAACUUGGAUCAGCACUGAUGCAUCUUUCGGGGUCAAAUCCAACCAAAUAAAUGGCAAAAAUAAGACUGAAAGUUAUGGAAAACAAAAACGUCAAAUUUGGAGUUGCAAGGUUUUCCGUCAACUGCAGUGUUACGCUCCCAAAUGGGCUCUAAGACAUGGUAAUGUAGCAUUUACCCCCCGUUGAAGUUAAGGCCUGCUUGUCGGUUUUAAAGUCAGUUUGUGUUUAUAAUAUUGAUAUCUGACAUGGAUUUCAAAUUUUGGUCGUCAUGAUUUACCAACAGGUACACUGCUGAUGUUCUAGGAUAUUGCAUGAAGUGUUUCACUUAGGUACAACAUGAUUGUCUUUUCAGUUCUUUCCUCGUGUGACAUUGUGUGUGGGUGAUAAACCAAGAAUAUUAUGUUACCCAAUAAGUGUGGAUUAACCACCAGCAUUCUGUUUUUGUUUUCUUUACCUAAGUGAAAGCAAAGGGAAGAACUACGCAGUGGAAGUUUCCCUGACUACAAUGUAAGAUAUGACUGUGCGUCUGCAGCCGGGAAAGCAGAAAGUGAUGCAAAGAUUAUGGUGGCUAUCUGUGAUGGCCUGUUUUCAGUCAGAACAGAUUACAAGGCUGUUGUUGGUGAUAAUAUUGCUUUAGAAGCAACAGGAACAUGCUAAUGUGUGAAUGCAAAUACUGUGAGAUAAAUCAUUAUAAAUGAUAUCUUAAAUAUAUUGUGUUAAGAGCGUAUCCUUCACUUUAAACUGAUAACACAGUUCAGCAGUUGAUGUUACUAAUUUCAUUUACUUUUUUAAAUGCUGAUUUUGGGUCAAACCUCCAGCUCCUGUUACCUGCAUUGUGCCAACAUGGUUGUAAUUGUGUCCUUGGACAUUGUUGUGCCUGUAUUUUGAGAAGAUAAUGAUACCCAUGGUAAUAAUCCAUGAGUUGAAUGCUACUGACUGUGACUGGGUAUCUUGGUUCAGUUUUUAUUUUCUGUUGCCCCCUGAAAGUAGUACAAACAGCCGACAUUAAGGAUUAUCACAGCAGGAUGUAAGACCUCAUGUACAGGGUUGAUUGUAAAUGUAAAGAUGAAUAUUGCUGCGAUGAGGCCAUCAAUAUUACCCUGUCCCGAUCAUUGAAACUCACUGAGAGCUGUCUUAAUAAGAGCUUGUGUCAGCCUGUGCCAUCCUAUCAGACACUUUUUCAAAGUUGUGCCAUUUGCCCUUUUUAUCUGGGUACAAAUCAUGCUUUCUCCUACAGGACCAAAUGUUCUCUAUCUCAUUGGGGAUUUGCCAUGGCAAUCAGUAAUUGCACAUAAUAAAAGAAAGAGAUAAUCAUUCGAAGUGGUCCAUGCUAUUUAGCAAAGGGGUCCUGCUGUUUUCGCCCCUUAAAACACUGUAUGAUGUUGUGCAUUUAAGAGGCUAGCCUUAGUAAAUGGACCUAUUAACUCUAGUUGCACAAUAUCAAAAUUUAAAAAAAGUUUUCUAUUCUCCAUUUGUAUGUCAUGCUUUUCAUCUGUUCUUCUGUGUCUGUAUUCAAACAACUUUUUUAUAAUGAAAUGCUGCUGUUUGUUGAAACGCAAAGUGCCCAAAAUAUUUUUGUGAACCAAUGGUGUGCAAUAAAUGGACAGGUGUUGUUUUCAAAGUUUUAAUUUUGUCUUUGGAAUGGUGAAUUCUAUAAAAAGAAAAAAAGAAUGUAUAAUUUAGUUUUAUUCAAAUGUGACUGAAGGUGAAUCAAAUAGGCAAGGACCCCAUUUGAUCUGUGAAACAAGGAACAAAGCUUUGAUAUCAAACGACCGGUUCUAUUCAGCUCCUUUCUGUUUGUUUCUAAAGUUGCAUGUUCAUAUCGUUCUGUGAAUUGGAGAGCAUGUCUUCAGUUGGCGAUGCAUUCUGUCAAGGCCUUAUUUGUCGAUGACUCUUCAUCCAGCGUAGCUUGAUCUGUUGUUCAGCAUGCCCUCUUCUUUUCUGUACGUUAUCCCUUUUAUGUGCAAUGUUUUUCAAAUAUCUUGAUUAUAUACAGGACAUGCCUUUUCAAUGUACACUUGAUGUUGUAUACGUUUUCCAGUCCUUAUGGUUUAUUUAAAAGUUGGAAAAUACAAGAAAAAAACAUGGUAGCUCUUCAUAAUGGCAUAUACAGUAUAUUUUUGGUGACUUUUGUAUUAUGGUUGCUGUUUCAUGGCAUCUUUGGAUAUUCUUGUUAAAUGUGAAUAGAACAGCUUAGUUUGGGAGUAUGGGGGGCCUUGGUAGUCUUCACUUUGUGACUGUCUGCAGUGUGUGUAUAUAUAUAAAUAUACAGUAUAUACACUCAUACUAUGUUGCAUAUUCUUUAUACUGUAGGCUACUUGAUUACAACCUGCUUUGAGACAGAUGUUGUAUUUUGUGUCUUUGAUACUGUAUUUAAACUGUAGUUUGGAGAAACUGUACAAAAACAUCCCAGAUAGUAAAACAACCUGCACAUUGUAUAGGGAGAACUGACGUUUGUGGUGUUGAGUGUUUUAACUGGAUCAUAUUCCACAGUUGGCUGUUAAAAACUGACGAGACCACUCUGUAUUUUAGAGUUUAUGGUUGUUCUGAAUCUUUGCUAGUGUUCUGGCUUUGCAGUCCUGUUAUUAAAAAAAGAGUUGUUUUUGUAAAAGUAUGAAAUGUAAAUAAAAAAAACCUAAGUCAGAAUAAGUAUAAAA